UGCCUGCUGUGGGGUACCAGAGUCGUCAUCCCAACCACUCUUCGCGUGCCCAUAUUGAAGGUGCUGCACGAGGGCCAUCCGGGCAUCGUGCGAAUGAAGGCAUUGGCUCGCAGUUACGUAUGGUGGCCCGGGAUGGACGAUCAGAUCGCCAAGUGGGUAAGCUCAUGCCAACCCUGUCAAGAGUCCAGGGCAGCCCCACCAGCCGCUGCACCCACCAAGUGGGAGAGCGCCAAUGCCCCAUGGUCGCGGUUACACAUCGACCUGGCCGGGCCUGUGCAUGGCAAAACGUUCUUAGUGGUUGUGGACUCUUAUUCUAAGUGGAUAGAUGUGGCCUUACUUCCCACAACCACCACACAGGCAGUUGUUAAAGCCCUGACCCGGCUUUUCGUAACUCAUGGGCUCCCGGACACGCUGGUCUCCGACAAUGGCCCGCAGUUCACAUCCUGUGAAUUUAGUAUGUAUGUCGCGAAUCUGGGCAUCAGACACGUCCUCACGGCCCCUUUUCACCCUGCUAGCAAUGGGAUGGCGGAGAGAGCUGUCAGGUCAGCUAAGGAGGCACUAGCCAGAUUCGGUCAGGAAAACUGGCAUUCCAAGUUGUCUCGUUUUCUCCUCAGCCAGCAUACAACACCAUGCACAAGCACUAAUAAAUCCCCGGCCGAACUUUUAAUGGGGAGACGCUUAAGGACUACCCUAGACAGACUGCACCCCCAUUACUGUCCUGACACCCCGUUAGGGUCUGACAGCCAGGGUUUUAAUUAG